CUCUCUCCUUGGCGGAGUCCACCCUGCCCACAUCUAUUUAUUUCCCCUCCUCUUCCUCUACAAUCUUUAUUAAUUUUAGCCCUCUCUCUCUCUCUUUACCAAGAGACCACCCCAAUGGCCGAGGUCGUGGAGGAGGAACCGCAUGCCAUCCCAAGAGUGGUCUCAAUUCUCUCCUCUCUCCUCCAGAGGGUGGCGGAGCGGAACGACGCCGCCCAGCGGCGUCCAGCUCUCCACGACCGGGCCUUGGCCUUCCACGGCCUCUCGAAGCCCGCCAUCUCGGUGCGCAGCUACCUCGAGCGCAUCUUCCGCUACGCCAGCUGCAGUCCUGCAUGCUACGUCGUCGCCUACGUCUACCUCGACCGCUUCACAAAGCGCCACCCCUCCGUCUCAAUCGACUCCUUCAACGUCCACCGCUUCAUCAUUACCUCCGUCCUCACCGCCGUCAAGUUCAUGGACGACAUAUAUUACAACAAUGCGUAUUUUGCAAAGGUGGGAGGGAUAACAUUGAUGGAGAUGAACUAUUUGGAAGUGGAUUUCUUGUUCGGCAUGGGCUUCGAGCUGAAUGUAACCCCUGUCAUCUUCCAUUCCUACUGCUCUAUUCUUCAGAGGGAGAUGCACCUAUUGGAGUCACCCCCUGCUCCCCCAAGGUUACACUGCUGCUUGACUGAGGAAGAGUCCAGCAGAAGCAGCUGGCUGUCUGAGAGGUGCCUUGGUACAUAGAUGAGCAGAGAACAGCCAUUAAUGUAGAUGGACAGACUGAUACCCGUUUUGUUUAGUUUCUGUCUUCUUGGAUUCCAGACUCUGGACUAUGUGAACUAUAACCCGCUCUCAUUUUAUCCUGCCUUUCGGUUUCUCUUUGAUCAGGAGGUUUGUAGUUUUUCUGUGAGCGGGGUGUGUGUGUGUGUGUGUGUACAGACCUGCAGUCCUUGGUCCUCAGAGCAUGGACAUGGUUCAAUCUCAUAAUUGAGAUCUUCAAUUCUCCUGCAUUGGGUUCGUAUGGUCUAUGGUUAUGGUGAUCUGAAUUUUAUGACUGCAAGACCUUAAAAUGAUUCAAUUGACAUGGUACUGCCUAGAUAUCUUGUGAA